AUGGAAGAGGGGCACAAGGGCAGCAGCAGCAGCUCCGUGACGCCGUCCCAGAGCUCAGCCGUACAAGGUACAACCCUACAGGCAGCUCAGCUCUCUCAUAUUGCUCAACAGAUGUCUCUCAGAGGUUCUGCUCCCCUGACAGUUGUGCAGCUUCCUGGAGAGCAAGUCCAAGUCCAGGGAGUCAUCCAGACUGCCCAGUCCUCUUCUGUCAUCCACUCCCCUCAGGUGCAGACUGUGCAGGUGUCCUCCCUGUCGGAGAGUGAGGACUCGCAGGACUCCUCGGACAGCAUUGGCUCCUCGCAGAAGGCUCGAGGCAUCUUGGCUCGUCGUCCCUCCUACCGAAAAAUCUUGAAAGACCUUUCCUCUGAAGACACAAGAGACAGAAAAGGAGAUGAGGAGAGUCCUGGGGUCUCCACUGUCACCUCCAUGUCUGUUCCCACUCCCAUCUACCAGACAAGCACUGGACAGUACAUCGCCAUCGCGGCCAACGGGCUGCAGCUGGCCGGGCCGGGGGGCGACGCCGUGCAGGGGCUGCAGACCCUGACCAUGGCCAACGCCAGCGGUGCCCAGCCCGGGGCCACCAUCCUGCAGUACGCACAGACCUCGGACGGGCAGCAGAUCCUGGUGCCCAGCAACCAGGUCGUGGUGCAGACUGCCUCUGGAGACAUGCAGACGUACCAGAUCCGCACCACCCCCACCACCUCCUCCCUGCCCCAGACCGUGGUGAUGACUUCUCCCGUCACUCUGACGUCGCAGACGAGCAAGACAGAUGAUCCUCAGCUGAAACGAGAGAUCAGGCUGAUGAAGAACAGGGAAGCCGCUCGGGAAUGCCGCAGGAAGAAGAAGGAGUAUGUGAAGUGUCUGGAAAACCGAGUGGCAGUGCUGGAAAAUCAGAACAAAACUCUAAUUGAAGAGCUAAAAACUUUGAAAGAUCUUUACUGUCAUAAAAGCGUGUAAGGAGAGAAGGUCAAAACCUUUGGGACUGGUGACAUUUCAGAGGAGAUUUUUUUUUUUUUUAUACUGAAUUUUUUUAACUAGUUGAAAGGUCAAAACCCCAAACUUUUCUAUCAAGAUUUCACAGCUCCAAGACUCUGGUAUAGGUUUUAUUUACAAUGUGUUGAUGACAAAGAGGAAAUAAGAAAAUCUCCCCACACAGUUCCUGCUGGCACAACUGGAAACUGCUCCAGCCAAGGGUGCAGCUGCAGGGAAGGACAGUCCUGGGCACGAGGCAGGUGGUGAGUUUCCUUGAGAACUCCUACAAACACCUCCAGGGACAGAGG